AUGACUUCAGGUGGAGAAGAUAUCACUGAGGAACAAUUCACAGAGAUUGUUCAAUUCAUUGAUCACAACGGUGAUAUAGUUAAUGAAGAGAAUGAUAACAAGAAAUCAUUCCUAUCAUGUUUAUCAUCAAAGACAGACUUUUUAGAAAAGGGUUUUGAUUACUCGGUUAUUGCUAUCUUGGGUCCUCAAAGUAGUGGAAAGAGUACAUUAUUAAAUAUAUUGUUUAAUACAAAGUUUGCAGUAAUGGAUAGUCAUACUGGUAGAAAACAAACGACUCAAGGUGUAUGGAUGGGUAUUGCCAACGUUGAAUCACCAGAGACUUUUCUUAUUCUCGAUGUUGAGGGUACUGAUGGUCGUGAGCGUGGUGAAGACGAAAAGGCAUUUGAAAGAAAGACUUCACUCUUUUCACUUGUCCUCUCUUCUGUUUUAAUCAUCAAUAUGUGGGCUCAUGAUAUCGGUCGUUACAAUGCUGCCAAUAUUGGUUUAUUAAAGACUGUCUUUGAAUUAAAUUUACAAUUAUUCCAAAAGUCAAGAGAUCAUGAUGGAGAAACUCCAUUGGAAAAAUUAAGAAAUACAAUUCUUGAAGAUAUCAAAAAUAUUUGGAAUGAAUUAACAAAGCCAAAAGAUUUUGUAAAUUCAACAGCACAUGAUUUCUUUAAUUUUGAAUUCACAUCACUUCCACACAAAGUGUAUAGCAAGGAUAAUUUUAAAUUGGAAGCAGAAGUAUUGAAAAAGAAGUUUUUGGAUCCUACCAAUGCCGAUUUUAUCCCCAAGAAGGAGUAUCGUAACGAUAUUCCAGCCGAUGGUUUUUACAAGUUCUCCAACAAUGUCUGGGAGACGAUCAAGGCCAACAGAGAUCUUGACUUGCCAUCACAAAAGGAAAUGUUGGCAUUGUUCCGUUGUGACGAGUUUGUCGAUCAAUCGUUUGCACAGUUUUCCGUCGACAUUGCUCCAUUGAAGGAAAAGAUUGAAAAGGGACGUAUUGUUGACAACUUUGGUGAGAGCACUAAAAAGAUGGUUGCUGCCUGUCUCGAACGUUAUGAUGUGCCAUCUGCACGUUACCACUCUGAAACAGUGUCCAAGAAGCGUCAGACACUCGACAGUCGUCUCAUGGAGAUGAUCAAGACACUGUUUGACAAGCAGAUUGAAAAGCUCUAUGAAAAGUCGGUCGAAUUUUACAAGAACCUCGUCCAAGAGUCAUCCAACAUUAAAAAGGUGUCUGCAGCAUCUGAGAAACAGUCGCUUGAAAGUCAAUUGAUCCCUCACUUUUCAGUGUGGUCACGAAACAUCCGUCAAAACACACUCGACUACUUUGAAAAGAUUGCCAUCGAGACUGUCUACCCAGAGUCUGGCUGGUCAUUCAUCUCGGUGCAACAAGAACUCGAUGAUUUCAUUGCCAAGGAGAUAUCAGUACUCAAAGAGAACCAACUCAACAAACUCUCCAAGUUUAUGAAGGAUGGUUUCUUCCAACAAAUCACACCCAAUCUUACAAAGAUCACUGAACACGCUCAAGAUGAUAUGUGGAAGAAAAUUACAAACCUCUUUAAUGAAAAUUUAUUCAAAUUUGAAACUACUUAUAGAAAGAGACUUACUGAUUUUGAUACAAAAGAAUCAGACGCAGAAGACACAAUUGAAAUGUGGAAAUUAAAUACAAAGGAGCAAUUAAAAGAAAAAAUAAGAGACAGAGCUCAAUUAUUACCAUUAAGAUUGAAAAAGCGUUUCGAAGAAGGUUUUACCCUUGACUCUAGAGGAUUACCAAGAAAAUGGUCAAAGACUGAUGAUAUUGAUUCAAUUUAUCAAGAAGCAAUGUUUAAUGCAGAAAAAUUGGUAGAUUUAUUCUCUUAUAUGAGAUUACAAGAAGAGGAAUUUGAAUUAACAUUCUACAGUAAAGAUACUCAACCAGAUGAUGACGAUUCAUUGUAUCUUACUUCAUUGAAAUCACCAACCAAAUAUCCAGUCAAUUACACCAAUAUUGUUUUACAAAACGAUCAAUGUAAUCAAAUUAUUGAUGAUUUUAGAAAGGAUACAAAGACUGAUUUAAUUAAUGCUCGUCAUGAACAAUCGAGAACAUCAUCAGUUGGAGGAGUACCACCAUAUAUGAUUUUACUUCUUUGCGUAUUAGGUUUCAAUGAGUUUAUUGCCAUUCUUACCAACCCAUUAUUAUUCUUUUUAGUGGUGUUGUUGGGUGUUGGUUUCUUUGUACUACAUAAACUCAAUCUUAGUGGACCAUUUAUUGAUUUCAGUAGCACUUUAUUGGUAUCGUUUAUGAACAAGAUCAAGGAUGUUGUUUUACAAGUCGAACAUCUCUCGGCCAAUCAUCCAGAAUCUUCUGAUGCUGCCAAAAAGAAAAAGGAUUAA